AUGUCCCUGUCGUCGAGGUUUAUGGGAGGGGAGAGAGGGGGGAGUGGGAGUGAGGGGGAGGGGAGGGGGAGUGAUGGGGAGGAAGGGGGGAGGAGUAUGGGGGAGGGGCGUGGGGGAAAGGCGAGGGGAGGAGGGGGAGGGAACGAGGGGAUGAUUGUUGAUGAGGGGUUUGUCAUGGUGGAGAGGGGUGCAGGGAGGUUGGGGGGAGUGCGGGAGGAGUGGGGGGAAGAGAGAGAGGCGGAGCAAGCAGGGGGGUUUGAAGAAGGGGCUGCAGGGGCAGGUGGGGGUGUGGUGGGGAGUGGGGAGGGGAGGGAUAUGGAGAUAGAAGUCGAGGCAACCCCAAUGGAGGAGGACUAUAGCGAGGAUAAGCAAGCAGCACCAACCACACCACCACCACCAACAGCAGCAGCGGAGGCAGCAGCGGCUGCAGUAGCGGCGGGAGCAACAGCAGCAAGGGCGGUGAGGGCGGGGUGGGUGAGCCUGACAUGGCAGCAGAAGCGCAUGGGCAUAGCGACGGGCAACUGGGGGUGCGGUCGUUUGGGGGCGAUCUGGAGUGGUUCUAGCUCCCCUCCUGUCACGUCUGUUAUGGCUAGCUCUAGCAGUCCCUCGUCUUCUAGCGCAUCGAAAGAUGUCCUUCCCGACGGUGAUACUCCCCCCAAGCGUUUCACUAAGGAUGUCGUUGAGAAGAAACCGCAAAACCCUAAGCACAAUAUUUAUAGGCAUUUUUGGACCUUUGACGAUCCGACCAAGAAGGGGAAGCAAUGCGAGUGCCUUUGGUGCGGGAAAGAGUUCGCCUUUAGUAGUAGCCGAUGCACCCAGCAUCUCGCCAAAUGGAACGACGGGAAUGUGCGGCGCGAUGGCGGGAUUGUUUGCGCGAAGGUUCCUAAGCGCGUUUCUGCUUCCAUUCGCGACGAGAAGGAGAUCAAGAUUACGGCGUGGAAGGACAAAGAGAGGGCGACGGAUGCGGCGCUCAACGCAGUGAGCGGCGGAGGCGGUGCAGGACCGAAGCCUAAGAAGGGGCGGAUGGAGGAUUGGUAUGGCGAGGGGGGGAAGACGGCGACGUGUGUGGCCGACGAGGCAAUUUGCCUCUACAUCGCGGGGACGCGCACGGCGGAGCGUCAGUGCGAGCACCCGCUCUUCCUCAACAUGUUGCGCGCCGUUGCUGCCGCUGGAAGCAGCUACGUCCCCCCCAAGCGUGACUACGUUGGCGGCGUCGGACUGCAGCAGUGCAAGAGGCGAAUUGAAAAGGGGUUGGAGCCUAUUACGAAAACCUGGAGGGAGACCGGCGUGACGAUUGCCAAUGGCAUGAUGCGGGAUAAGAGCGGGCGCGCGCAGAUGAACAUCCUUUGUAUCAACGACAGCGGCGCAGUUUUCCAGGAGGCGGUCGACUGCAAGGCGGAGACUAAGAGUGGAGCGUUCAUCGUGAGCAUCCUGCAGCCGAUCAUCGAGAAGAUUGGGCCGCAGCACGUUGUCGUUGUUUGCACGGACGGCGGCAGCAACUACGUGUCCGCCAGCAAGAAGCUGCAGAAGAUAUACCCGCAUCUUGAGUUCAUUCCCUGCGCCACUCACGUGCUCGACCUGCUGAUGGAGGACAUCGGCGGGAUGGAUUGGGCGCAGGAUGUCGUCCCUGUUGCGUGCGACAUCAUCUCGUUUGUGCGCAGCCACACGUGGAUGCGCGCCUUCCUGCGGUGUCCCGAGCUGCACGGCAAGGAGAAGUCGCUGCAGCCGCUGCGCCCGGCGGGCACGCGCUUUGGGACAAACUACAUUGCUGUGUCGCGGCUGCUCAAGAUUCGUUCGCAUCUAGCGCAGAUGGUGACGCACAAGGAAUGGGAGGAGAAGGGAGGUAGCGCACAGACUGGAAAGACAUUUACGAAGUCGGUGUUGGAUGUUGAGUGGUGGAAGAAGGCGGAGACAUUCGUGCGGGUGAUGGAGCUGCCCUACAAGGUGAUGAGGCGGACUGAUGGGGAGGCAAAGGGGAGGAUGGGUGAGUUGUACGACAUCAUGAUGCAGCUGACGGAGGACUUGCAGGAGCUGUUGGAGAAGGAUGAUUGUGGGCUCAAGGAUGAGGAUAAGGAGGGGGUGAAGGAGCACAUGAGGCGGCGUUGGGACGAGAGCUUGGCCUGCCCCCUUCACGUGGUUGGCCGAAUGCUGAACCCGGCCAACCAAGAGGAGGGGAUCUACCACAAGGACGUCGAGUGCACUAGGGUGAUGAAGGCGUGGCUGCAGCGCUUGCGAGCAUUCGUCGACAAGUAUUGGAAGAGCAGCGGCGACACUAAGGGGACGAUGAAGGGGCCGCAGGAGGGCAAGGGGUGCUUCGGGUCUGAAGAGGCGAUAGAGGGCCGGGCGGAGAUUAAGGCCAGGAAGGGGGACAUGGUGACGUGGUGGAAGGUGAACGGCUGGGAGUACCGCGACUUGGCUGGCCUUGCGUGCCGGGCGCUUUCACAGCCCAUCUCCGCUUCAGCAUGCGAGCGCGGAUGGUCCACGUGGGAUGGCGUGCACACGGCGCGCAGGAACAGGUUGGGUUCGGAGAAGGUCCGCGACCUUGUGUUUGUUGCGUACAACUGGAACGCUGUGCACAACCACCACAAGGGUGCGGCCGGUGCGGGGCCGAGUGGGGAAGUCAGGAAGGCGGGGAUAGUGGAGGGGAACAUUCCCCCCGCUCCCCAUCCUGAGGGAUACCAGCUUGAGGAAGAUGGAGAGGUGGAGGUGGAUGAGGAUGACAUCACCUUCGACGAGUACAAAGAGCAGGAGGACAUGGAGAAGGAGGAGGAAAAGGAGAUGGAGAGCGAGGAGGUGGAGGAUGAGUGA